UUAGUUUAGUAGCAUUCACCAAUCACCGUCGUUCCAGUCUUAUUGUUUGUUUUCAUGCCACCUAUAUGUUACAACCAGCAAUGUACCGAAUUUGUGUGGAAGUGUUAGCGUAUAAUGGUAUGAUUUGAUUUAUCAAGAAAUAAAAUGUCUGUGGUAUUGGGGCACAAAGUCCAGACAUAUUGUGUUGGAUUUUCUCCUAUAUCAUAAAAACAUUGGAAAAUUUAUCGAGGCCAUAUGGGCGUUAAAGUAGUUUUUUUUUAUUUUUUUUAUUUUUUGGUUUUCAAGUUAAUUCCAUUCGUAAUUCACCUGCACAAAAAGUAGAAUCAUUUGAGAGAAAACGCUGGCAGCGUUAAGGAGUACAAAGCGCUUCGGUUCACUGACCCUACCAUCGCCUGGAGUCUCCAAUAUACUUGCAUGGCUGCUCAUCUCUAGAGUAGCUUGUGUCGUGUUUCACUUCCUUACUAGUUAGUUUCGUUCUAGACCGCGACCAUGCUGAGAUGACGAAUUUUAACCUAGUCCUUUACUUAUCGAAAAUGCAAGGCAGAUAAAAAUCCAGUGUUAAAAAAAAGUUUUGUUUUUGCGCGCAAGGAAGUUGCCAUGGAAUUAGUUCGCCAAGCAAACUACAUUUCCCGAUCGGUUAAGCGGAUUUUUGUCAUUUCAAUAACAUUUAUCCUCUUUGUAGGUUUUUAUCAGGCAACAUGGCCAACUCCUAAUUUUCCAUCAUUGACUCAGACAUUGAGUCUCAUCAAUAGUUCUACGAAAACGAUUUUAAUUUGGAACCCAUACUCACGUUUUGAGCUGGAGGUUUUCGGAGAAGGAGCCGAUACUUUCACUAGUCAUCAUUGCCCGAUAAAUAAUUGUUUCAUUACGAAAAACCGAACUUGGGCUCCCCUACACCAAUUUGACAGCAUAAUAUUUAAUAUGCCACCGCUCUCUCUUUACAAGUUUCCAGUAGACGAACACAGACGACCGGAACAGCGUUACAUUUUCUUUUCCCAAGAGCCACCAACCUACAUCGGUGAGGAAGUUAAACUUUUUAAUCGUCGAUUUAAUUGGACAAUGUCGUACGCAACUCACGCGGAUAUUCGCUAUCACUAUGGUGAAAUAAUCCCUUUACCAUCUGCCCCGGCUACACACCACACUCGUAAAGCAUAUAUACAAUCGACCAAGAAUGGUGAGAAUUUUGCGGCUGGCAAAACAAAAUUGGUUGCGUGGUUUGUUUCGCACUGCUUCACACAAAGUCGCCGAGAAAAAUACGUCACCAUUAUGCGCCAAUACAUCCCAGUGGAUAUCUAUGGCGGUUGCUAUUCGCUUCGUUGCCCAAUGAACGAAAGUGCAUUUUUGUCUACUGAGCCAUGUUACGACUUGCUUGAUAGCAGAUACAAGUUCUACCUCGCCUUUGAAAAUUCUUUCUGUAACGAUUAUGUAACUGAAAAGUUUUUCGACGUCCUACAACGUCGAAUCAUCCCAAUUGUAAUGGGAGGAGCGAAUUACUCAGCCAUCGCACCACCUCAUUCGUACAUUGACGCAUUACAGUAUAGUCCUCGAGAAUUAGCCGAAUACCUCAAGCUGUUGGCCUCUGACGACAAAUUAUACAACGAAUAUUUUUGGUGGAAACCUCAUUUUCAAGUAGUAAAGAGAUACCCUUUUCUGGCUGCAAAUGCCCUGUGUUCGUUAUGUGACAAAUUACAUCACAACAAAACUGAAUCCAUCUAUCACGACCUGGCAGCAGGAUGGAGCCAGAAAACCCAGUGUAAAAGCCCUCGUUUCAAAGGUGUUCGGAUUUUCUGGGGAAUCUUUUAAAAUUUAAUUUGCAACGUCACAUUUUGUUAAGUUCCAUAUUAUUUUUAACUGAUUUAAACAGUAUAAACGUUAAAUUCCGCGUCAGUUAAAUCUUCUUCGUGUUUCGUGGAUCCUCGGGCUAUAACUAUAUUUAAUGGGGUUGUUGACCGUGCCGCAAGUGUAAUAGUAAUGUGAUUUUCGCUAGCCUCCCAUUCGUUGAAAGAACUUCAUGAAGUUUAGACGCGUAGCGAUGUAAAGAUUCUGUAUAAUUCUCUUUUAUUCUCAUAGUUUUUAAAUGGUAAAAUGGAAAUUUGUAGCAGACCUCGGAAAAUUCAAAUUCCUUUGGUGACCCUGGUAGUGUUCUCCUUUUAUUUGGUAUCGAUGUGGCAUUUUGAAAAGAUUGGCUCAAAUCUGGUUUCCCGUACUGAUGUGGAAUCAAUGCAAGUUUUCCCUCCCGAUUCGCAAGCACUUUCUUAUCUCUCCCCUUGUCCUUGCUCGGGGAAUAAUACGUCAAUACGCCAAGAAAAAGUUGACUAUACAUGGUGCAAUGGGGAAGCUGUUCAACGAGGGCCAAACCAAAACAUUGUUUCUUUUUCUCUCUUUGGAAAUGCUGACAAGGACGGGAUGAGGUAUUUCUCGUUUGUUCGUGAAAACGCUAUUAAAAUCAAACAACUACUUCCAGGGUGGAUCAUGAGACUACAUCACAAUACAGAAGUAGAUACAAAGGAACGCAAGAUAUUAUGUGAUGUAUAUUGUGAUUACCCGUGGGUUGAUUUGUGCGACGUAGGUAGUCUUUGGAGAAGGCUUUCUAAGCGAAAGAAAAAAAAUCCUGAUUUCCGACCAGUAACCGGAGAACAGGUUUCCAAUGUCAAUCGACGAAUUUGGAGAUUUCUACCGUUGUUGGACCCGCUUGUUGAUGUUGUACUUACCAGAGAUUUAGACGCUACAGUGUCUAAUCGAGAAGUAGCCGCAAUUCAGCAAUGGAUUCAACUCAAUUACACCUUUCACUUGAUGAGGGAUCACCAGGCUCAUAAAGCCCGCAUCCUUGCUGGUAUGUUCGGAGUCAAAGUAUAUCAACGAAGGGACCUUGUAGAAGGCCUGACGCGAGUUUUGAUAAAUUUUGGACACAACCAAAAAUAUGAUACGGAUCAAAUUCUCCUCUCUAAAAUUUUCUGGCCCUCUGUUAAGCACGAUGUGGUGGCUCACGAUAGCUAUAACUGUAUGGAGAAUUGGAAUGCGUUGCCUACUUAUCCUUUUCCGACCAAACGAGAGAACAACUCCUUCGUGUCAGAUAACUUUGAAGGCCGCUGGAUUGCCCCAGAGAAAUGCCCCCUAGCUUGCAGACCAGUCGACCAUCAAGACUGGGAAUAUUGUUAAUUGAUAAGAAACAGAUCACGUAGUCUUAUGUUGUCACAAAUUUCUCACGCACGCAUGUUUUAAAUAACGCCGCUCUAGCAACGAUGUAUUACGCUUGAUCUAGUCUAUUUUGGGAAUUUCUUUUCAUUUGAAUUGUAGUUUGAUUAUCGUUGAUUACCAAACCUGAUUUAACUUUCGCUGACUUCUAAAUAAAUUUAAUUGUUUCGCGCUGCA